UUUCCGGUUGUCUUGUUGCCUUGGAAACGAGCACGCACCACAACCUCUGCGGUUAUGGCGCCACUGAGCGGCUCGCAGAUUCCCGACGGAGAGGUCACGGCGGUGGUGUACCGGCUCAUCCGCGACGCCCGCUUCGCCGACGCGGUGCAGCUGCUGGGCGCAGAGCUGCAGCACAGCCCGAGGAGCCGCGCCGGCCUGUCGCUGCUCGGCUACUGCUACUACCGCCUGCAGGAGUUCGCGCUGGCCGCCGAGUGCUACGAACAGCUGGGCCAGCUGCACCCCGAGCUCGAGCAGUACCGCCUGUACCAGGCCCAGGCGCUCUACAAGGCCUGCCUCUAUCCAGAGGCCACGCGGGUCGCCUUCCUCCUCCUGGACAACCCCGCCUUCCACAACCGGGUCCUCCGCCUGCAGGCAGCCAUCAAGUACAGUGAGGGCGAUCUGCCAGGGGCCAGGAGCCUGGUGGAGCAGCUGCUGAGUGGGGAAGCAGAAGAAGAAGGUGGGGGCGAGAAUGACCCCGAUGGUCAGGUCAACCUGGGGUGUUUGCUCUACAAGGAGGGACACUAUGAGGCUGCGGGUUCCAAGUUUUUUGCAGCUCUGCAGGCCUCGGGCUACCAGCCUGAUGUGUCCUACAACCUGGCUUUGGCCUGUUACAGCAAUAGGCACUAUGCUCCUGCUUUGAAACAUAUCGCCAACAUUAUUGAACGUGGCAUCCGCCAGCACCCAGAGCUAGGUGUGGGCAUGACCACGGAGGGCAUUGAUGUCCACAGUGUGGGCAACACCUCGGUCCUCCACCAGACUGCUCUGGUGGAAGCUUUCAACCUGAAGGCAGCCAUAGAAUACCAGCUGAGAAACUUUGAGGCUGCUCAGGAAGCUCUCACUGACAUGCCCCCUAGGGCAGAGGAAGAGUUGGACCCGGUGACCCUGCAUAACCAGGCACUGAUGAACAUGGAUGCCAGGCCCACAGAGGGCUUUGAAAAGCUCCAGUUCUUGCUCCAGCAGAACCCCUUUCCCCCAGAGACCUUUGGCAACCUCUUGUUGCUCUACUGUAAGUAUGAGUAUUUUGACCUGGCUGCUGAUGUCCUGGCAGAAAAUGCCCAUUUGACUUAUAAGUUCCUCACACCCUAUCUCUAUGACUUCUUGGAUGCAAUGAUCACUUGCCAGACAGCUCCUGAAGAGGCUUUCAUUAAGUUUGAUGGGCUAGCAGGGAUGCUGACUGAACAGCUCCGGAAACUCACCAAACAAGUACAGGAAGCAAGACACAACAGAGAUGAUGAAGCUGUCAAAAAGUCAGUGAAUGAAUAUGAUGAUGCCCUUGAGAAGUACAUUCCUGUGUUGAUGGCCCAGGCAAAAAUCUACUGGAACCUUGAAAAUUACCCAGUGGUGGAGAAGAUCUUCCGCAAAUCUGUGGAAUUCUGUAAUGACCACGAUGUGUGGAAGUUGAAUGUGGCGCAUGUUCUUUUCAUGCAGGAAAACAAAUACAAAGAAGCCAUUGGCUUCUAUGAGCCCAUAGUGAAGAAGCAUUAUGAUAACAUCCUGAACGUCAGUGCUAUUGUGUUAGCCAACCUCUGUGUUUCCUAUAUCAUGACAAGUCAAAAUGAAGAAGCUGAGGAAUUGAUGAGGAAGAUUGAAAAGGAGGAGGAGCAGCUCUCAUAUGAUGACCCAGAUAAGAAAAUCUACCAUCUCUGCAUUGUGAAUUUGGUGAUAGGAACACUUUAUUGUGCCAAAGGAAAUUAUGACUUUGGUAUUUCUCGAGUUAUCAAAAGCUUAGAACCUUAUAAUAAAAAGCUAGGAACUGAUACCUGGUAUUAUGCCAAAAGGUGCUUCCUGUCCCUACUAGAAAAUAUGUCAAAACAUACAAUCAUGCUUCGUGACAAUGUUAUUCGAGAAUGUGUCCAGUUUCUAGAACAUUGUGAACUUCAUGGCAGAAAUAUACCUGCUGUUAUAGAGCAGCCCCUAGAAGAAGAAAGAAUGCAUACUGGGAAGAACACAGUCACGUAUGAGUCCAGACUGUUAAAAGCUUUGAUUUACGAGAUAAUAGGAUGGAAUAUAUAGUUAUAGCUGACAAUGGCUGUCAUCAAGAUUCCUUAUCCUAUAUUUCACUCUUUUUUAUUUGCCUUUAACUUUGGCAUUUUUAUAUUUGCUUCUUGUUGAACUUGUACACUUAAAAUUAUAACAGCUAAUGUGUUUGAGCAACUUUACAGUUCAUUUAGAUGUGUAAGGACUAUCUAGUGUGAACUGAAUCAUUUCUACAUAUGACAAUCACCAAGUCUGGCCUUCAAGCAAAAAUUGCUUCACUGACAUUUUUAUAUAAGCAAGUAACAUUAAAUAGCAGUUGAUAUUUCAGUUUUGCAUGGUUGAAAAGAGCUUGGCAUUAGUCAAGCUGGAGUAGGUGUCUCCACUUCUUGGUGACUGAUAUGUACAGGAUUGCUAGCCCACAGCACAACUAUUUCUUAGUCAGCAAAUAAAGACAGGUUUUAUCCAUCUAAGGAUAGACUGUGUUGCCCAAUAAAUCUAAUUGUUAACUAUAUACCU